CUGCACUGCACUUAUCAAAUGGUCAAAUCUGAAUUAAUUCCCAGGUGCUGAAGUGCUAAAUACAAGUUCCAUUUCCGUGUGAAGUAUCUAACCAGUAACCUCCUUCUCUUCUCUCACCCCAUAGCUCCAAAACCCACUCCAAUGGCGUCCACAAACUACAACAAUUUCCCCUCUUCUUCCUCUAAAUCAUACAUCCCACUUCACAAAACCCAACUUCCGCCUCGGAUGCAACCUUUCUCCCUUUCUCCACCACCACCUUCAAACCACCCCAAAUCCCGCCACCAUAAACACCUUCUUCUCAUCGUCUCCCUCUCUCUCCUCCCUUUCCUUUUCUACUUUCUAUCUCUCUACCGUUCUCUCCACCUUCCUCCCUCAUCUUCUUUCGGCCUCAUUGUCGACAUUUCCACCUCUCGCUCACAAAUCCUCGUUUUCCGAUCUCUUAAUGAGGUUUCCGGUAACCCAUUUUCCGGCCAGAGUUCCGAUUCUUUCUGGGUUGACACUGGAAGCUCCAAAUUUUCCGGCCAGCCCAAAUUGGCGGGGAGGGUGCUCUUCAAAUUGAUGGAUUUUGCUAAGGAGAAAAUCCCCAAUUCUGAGUGGGAAGAUACUAAAGUUCAGCUUAUGAUUACAGGUGAUUUAGUGGGUGGAGUUGAGGAGAGAAAAUUGGUUUUGGAAGAGUGUCGUCGGAUUAUGCGAUCAUCUGGGUUUAUGUUUAGGGAUGACUGGGCUUCUGUUUUGGAAGGUGAAGACGAAGGUCUUUAUUCUUGGUUGGCUGUAAACUAUGCUCUUGGAUACCUAGGCAAUAAACCCGAAGAGACAGCUGGAGUAGUUUCACUUGGAAGGUCCGCAAUGCAGGUCUCUUUUGCUAGCCCUGAGGCUCAACAAUCAGAAUCUUCAAGAGUUAUCAGGUUCGGAGGAGUUCCUUACAAUCUUUAUACUCAAAGUCUGCAGCAGUUUGGCCAGGAUGCAGUUUGGAAAUUGCUCCUUGAACGGAAUACUCCAGACUUGAUGUCAUCUUCACUAAACAGUGAAAUAUCCAUCCCUAAUCCUUGUUAUCCCAGAGGGUAUGAACUGACAUCACAGACAAGUGAUGAGAAACUUAUGAAAUCCCAUGCCACAGGGAACUUUUCUGCAUGUAAAUCUGAACUUACCAUGUCGCUGAAGGGUAGGAAAGGAAGAUGUACACGUGCACCGUGUGAGAUAGUGCCCUCCAUUUUUAGCGAGUUGGAAAAUAAACCUCAUCCUCGGCAGAGGUUCUUCCUUUCUUCCCAGGUUCGAGGCUUAGUACCAAAGGCUUCUGUAUCAGAACUGGAGUUUGUUGCACACCAAUUUUGUGAGGAUGACUGGGAGAAUCUUAAAAGAAAAUAUGAUAUUGAUGACGUAGAUCUGUCAAGAAGUUGUUUUUCACAUGCUUUCAUGGUGGUCUUGCUACGUGACAGUUUUGGCAUUCCAUUUGACGAGAAGAGAGUCGAGUUUGCAGCAGGAAGCACUCCAGUUGAUUGGAGACUUGGAGCCUUCAUUUCCCAGACGAUGAUGGAGUCCGUUGAUAGCAUCACAGAACACCAUGACAUCCAUAUCAUCGAGAAUGAGUCAGUCACCUUCUUCUUCUUGUUUGCGGUUCUUAUAGUCUUCGUUCUUCUGGCCGCAUUCUUUGUCUUGAAUUUGCGAAAACCUCAGUUUAAGACUAUAUAUGACCUCGAAAAAGGUCACUAUAUUGUUACUCGUGUACCUAGAUAGAUAGAUAGAUAGAUAGAUAGAUAGAUAGAUAAAUGCCAUUUUUGUAAUUGAUGUAUCACUUCCAGUUCCUUGUACAGUUAGCCAUUGAUAUCAAAGCAUUCAGAUUUACUGUCAA